CAAAUUCCGAAGUGAUUGCAACAAGAAUCAGUCAUGGGACUGCUGCUGCCUAUCCUUCUUGGUUUUCUUGCCUCUCUGAUUGGAGGUCUGUACCUUCUUGGGGUGUUUCGACAGCGCCAACCAGGAGAACCCCCUUUGGAUAAGGGGCUCAUCCCUUGGCUGGGUCAUGUCUUGGAGUUUCGCAGGAACACACUGAAAUUCCUAGACAGGAUGAAGCAAAAACACGGAGAUGUGUUCACCGUACAGCUGGGAGGUUUUUAUAUCACUUUCCUUCAGGAUCCUCUGUCGUUUGGAGCAUUUAUUAAGGAGAGUCGAGAAAAACUAGACUUCGGCAAGUUUGCUAAACAUCUGGUGCACAGAGUGUUUGGUUAUUUGGCAGAAGAAAGUGAACUUCAUAGCCUCCAGAUGUUAAGCAACAAGCAUCUCAAGGGGGAUGGCCUGAAGGUAAUGACUCAAGCUAUGAUGGGAAAUUUGCAGAAUCUGAUGUUGCACAGUACUGGCUCAGAUGAAGACCAAAGCGCCUGGAUAGAAACUGGACUGUUUAUGUACAGCUACAAUAUUCUUUUUAGGGCUGGCUACUUAUCUCUGUAUGGCAAUGCACCACCCAAGUUCGAGGGAAGUGAGGACAAAGCCAAAAAGAAAGACAGAGAUGAAUCGGAAGCCUUAUUUAAAGAGUUUCGUAAAUAUGACCAACUCUUCCCUAACCUGGCUUAUGGGGUCCUCUCUCCAAGGGAAAGGUCGGAAGCACAGAGGCUAAUGGAAUUAUUCUGGAACUCUCUGUCGGUGCAGAAGAUGAAGAUCAAGGACAACAUCAGUGGCUGGGUGUGGGACAUGCAGCAGGUCAGAGAGGAAAAGGGUAUGGACGAGUCAAUGAUAAACAAGUUCAUGUUUGUGCUUCUUUGGGCCUCUCAGGGCAACACAGGGCCCGCUGCAUUCUGGCUACUCCUCUUCCUCAUGAAAAACCCAGAGGCUAUGAGAGCAGUAAAGGAAGAGGUAGAUAGGGUUCUGAAGGAAUCAGGGCAGAAAGUCCAACGUGGUGGCCCUUUAGUCGACCUGACCCAUGAAAUGCUGUUGAAAACACCUAUCCUGGACAGUGCUCUGGAAGAAACCCUCCGACUCACUGCUGCGCCCCUCCUCACCAGAGCCGUGCUCCAGGAUUUGACCCUCAAGAUGGCGGAUGGGCGUGAAUAUAUCAUUCGCAAAGGUGACAGAAUGGCAAUGUUCCCUUACAGUGCCGUUCACAUUGAUCCAGAUAUCCACCCUGACCCACAUUCAUUCAAAUAUGACCGCUUUCUGAAUCCAGACAUGAGCAAGAAAACUGAUUUUUACAAGGAAGGGAAGAAGGUGAAGUAUUACAACAUGCCCUGGGGAGCUGGGGUCUCCAUGUGUCCUGGACGUUUCUUUGCCACCAAUGAGAUGAAACAGUUUGUUUUCCUCAAGUUGGCCUACUUUGAGAUUGAGCUGAAGAAUCCUGAUGAGAAGAUACCUGAAAUUGACUUCAGACGAUUGGGCUUUGGAUCCAUGCAGCCUGACAGAGACAUUGACUUUCGAUACAGACUCAGAUUUUAAACUAAAUCAUAAUUUUUACUUCUCUGACAAAAACUUUUCUGAUUUUCCUUAAGCUUUCAUUUGCCAAUUAUAUUUUUAGAAAAUAUCAGAUUCCAUAAUCAAGUGUUUUUCUUUCAUUUUGUUUAAAAUUAAUGUUUUUAUGUAUUUUAUAAUAUUUGAUGGAAUAAGUAAUUACUCAUAUAAAUGAUAGUCAAUUCUAAAUAAGAAUUACUAUUAUAAAUGAUGUGACUGCUUCUGCUUUUACACUUGGAGAGAGGUUGACAUUACUUGUUACAACUUAUUAUGCCUAGAGUUAUCUUUAAUAUCCUCUGCCCCACCUACAAUAAAGAGCGUCACUGAACCCAUGUCGAAGAACUGAUAAGAAAAUCUAAGUUUUUCAUAAUCAAUAAAGUUAUCUUUCCAAAAAACUGUACCUGUAACCCUUUUUCCAAACUGUAGUUUUUGCAUUUACUUGAAAAAAACAAACAUUUAAAAAAACACAUUGAUGAUGCCAGGGCCGUCUCAUUUAAUUAGAGUGGAGUAGAAACAAAGUAUAAUCUCCUUGGUGCAACAUCUGAACUUUAUUAUUUACUGUAUAGUCAUUGUUCAAAGUCUAUGUAAGGCAUUGAAUGUUAACUCAGCAUCUAUCAGCACACUAUCAGCCUUGUCUAUAAUUCUACUGAACUGGCUGCCCAGUUCACUUAAAACAUUUACAUUGGGAAGGUUACAAUUAUAUCCUAUAUAUUUUUACUGUAACACAGUUACAGUUUAAGACGCAAUUAAACCAUUUCUGAAACAGUUUCAGUAUUUGAGCUUCAAACCCUCACAUCUUUCUAAUUUAAAAAAAUAAGCUGUUAUGAUCAUUCCUUAAGUCUUUAUAUCAUUUAUCUAACCAUAUCAAUCAUUAAAAAAAUCGUUAUAAUAUAAAAUAUAAUAUUUAAUAUAAAAUAUAAUAUAAGAUAUAAUAUUUCACAAUUAAUUUUUUUCUGUUUCAAGUCCAGAACAUUCAGAUUUCUAUUGCUGAUUUGAUGCAAAGUUGGAUAAAACUUGACGUACUGCAAAGACAUUUCAUAGAGAAGUGUACUGAAGUCAUAUUGUCAUGUCAUGUUCUCACAUUAACUUGGUGAAACUAGAAAAUAUUUAGCUUUUCUGUUCCACUAUCAGUUGUGAAAACUUCUCAAUAAAUGCUUUAAAAUCA